GCGCAGCGCCGGCUCCGGGAGCGCGGGGGGGCGAGCGGCGGCACCGACACCGGCACCGACACCGGCACCUCACCGGGGCUCGCAGCCUUCGCCGGGGAGGAGGAGGAGGACCAGGAGAAGCAGGAGGAGGCGGAGGCGGAGAGAAGCGGUCGCGGUCGCGGGUGCCGCCGCGGGGAGCGGAGCGAGCGCGGGGCGGCGGCGGCGGCUCCUCCAUCAUGUCGUCGGGCGGGGACUUCGGGAACCCGCUGCGGAAAUUCAAGCUGGUGUUCCUGGGCGAGCAGAGCGUGGGGAAGACUUCCUUGAUCACCAGGUUCAUGUAUGACAGCUUUGACAACACCUACCAGGCAACAAUUGGCAUUGACUUCUUAUCGAAAACCAUGUACUUGGAGGAUCGAACAAUCAGGUUGCAGCUGUGGGAUACUGCGGGUCAGGAACGUUUCCGUAGCCUCAUUCCCAGUUACAUCCGUGACUCUGCUGCUGCUGUAGUAGUUUACGAUAUCACAAGUAGGUAUUUUGUACGGUUGCAAUUAUGGGACACAGCAGGUCAAGAGCGGUUCAGGAGCUUGAUUCCUAGCUACAUUCGUGACUCCACUGUUGCAGUUGUUGUUUAUGAUAUCACAAAUGUAAACUCCUUCCAGCAAACCACAAAGUGGAUCGACGAUGUCAGAACGGAACGGGGCAGCGAUGUCAUCAUCAUGCUGGUGGGAAAUAAAACAGACCUAGCAGAUAAGAGACAAGUGUCCAUUGAGGAAGGAGAAAGGAAAGCCAAAGAGUUGAAUGUAAUGUUCAUUGAAACUAGUGCAAAAGCAGGAUACAAUGUAAAACAGCUCUUCCGACGCGUGGCAGCUGCCUUGCCUGGGAUGGAAAGCACACAAGACAAAAGUAGAGAAGACAUGAUUGACAUAAAACUGGAAAAGCCUCAAGAGCAGCCUGUCAGUGAAGGAGGCUGUUCCUGCUAAUACCAUGUGGCUUCCACCUUUCUCCAGAACAUCACUGCUUUCCCUCCCUGUCCUCUUCAUUGACUGCAGUGUGAAUAUUGGCUUGAACCUUCCCCUUUCCGUAAUAACGUAUCGCAGUUCAUCAUCGCUGGCUGUCUCGUGGAGAUGAUCUUUAGCUUCACAAGCACACCCCACACACACACACACCAACAAAAUAUCAGUGUCUUCAUUAUUUAUAAGAAAAAAAGAAAAAAAAGCCAAAAUAUUCCACCGUAUUCUAGGUAUAACUUUAAAAAAACAACAAAAGCAAAAAAAAAUCCAAACAAAAAACAUAGGUACAAUUUCUUAAUAUUUGUUCCUUUUUUAAUAUGUUAUGAUAUUGCACUUUGAAAUGAUGGCAACUGAGUAAGUUUGGAAUUGGACCUAGACGAGAUGUACGUGCAGAAGAAGGCUUGCAAAUCUGACCCAUUGGAUUUCUCUCGGAAACUGGGAAUGCGUAGACAGCAGGCGGAAUCGCGGUGGGAGGCAGCAGAUGCCGAGGGUUAGACGCUUAUCCUUGAUAAUUAAACACAAAUUAACCCCAAGCUCUUCACUGCGUUGAGCAGGGCGAGUCUGCCUGGUGUCCAGACCAGCCUGGCCUUAGCAGGGGUUUGACACCCCCGGCUGCUGGAGCUGGGAAUUCUCGCCGAGGCAGCGGGGACACACUUCCAAGGAAGCAUGACUGGGAAAUACGGACGGGCUCUUUGGGAUGAGUGGCUUCUGGAGGAUUUGGGGGGGAAGGAAAGGGUGGAUGUGCAUUAGCAAAACACUUGCAGGAAACAGGGAAAUAAUGUUUCGAGUGCAAAAUGAGUUUUCAGAGCUUUUUUUUUUUUUUUCCUUUUUAAGUAGAACACCAAUGAAGUGAAUUAUUACUGCCCAAGAGAUGGGAACGUAACGGUUCAGCUGUUUGGAGGAGAAAGCAUUUUGCUUCUUGGUUUUUUUAGGGGAAAUACUGAAAUCGGGACUGGCACUAAAACCUGCCAAAGCCGAUUGUAACCUUGGAAAUUUGGGAGAAAGAGGGAAGAGCAGCUGGCUGCCCCAGCAGAGGGGGAAUGGCACCCGCUUUUCCAGAGCGUGGGCAUAGGUCAGAGGGGAAGGGGUGUUUACUUUGAUCCUACAGAAUCCUAGUUGAGACAUCUUAGAUGGAAAGGGAGGGACUUGAGUAGGAUGGAAACCAACUUCUGAUUAUGCAGAUUUAUGCCUUUAUUUUUUAGCUUUUUUUUUUUUUUUUUUUUUUGCUUUUUUUUUUAUGUUCAGUCUUCCAAGUUGGUUUAGUUUGGUUCUCUAGAGCUGUAUAGUUUGGUUAAAUAAUUAGUAAUUUAGUUUUCUAUGGAAUUAGGCUCACAAUUAACCCUAUUUUUUUUCUUUGAUAUUUAUUUCUCGGCUUUAAUUUUUUUUACUCUCUUCAGUGCUGAUUUUGUUGUUUUCCUUUGGCUGAGGAAUCUGUGUAGAGCUUUGCUGAUGUUGCGAGAUGUAGCUACCCGAGAAACACGGAAUGGAACACACUAGAAGUGCACCCUUUUAAUCUUUACUAGUCAUUGUGAAGUUGCUGUGUAAGUUAAUAAACACAAUUGUAAAUACA